AUGGAUUCCAACGCUGCAUUCAACAAAUUUCUCUAUUCAAAUUUCUCCAAAAAAUUAGAAAAUUUCAUUUGGUCUAAAGAGGAAAACCCUUCUCCUAAUGCAGAAGAGCUCAACGAGCCCGUGAUCGACCUCGGUGGUGGCGCCCAAGCCACUGAUCUCGUUCGAGCCGCGUGCCUCAGCCACGGCUUGUUUCAAGUGACCAACCAUGGCCUCGAUUUGGAGCUCAUAAAUUCAGUAUAUGAUCACGUGAAUUUCUUCUUUAAUCUCCCAAUUGAUGCCAAAAUGAGGGUUCAGAGGCGCCCCGGGAGCUUUUCGGGCUACUCGUUUGCAAAUGCAGAUCGGUUCUCUUUGAAUCUUCCAUGGAAGGAGAUUUUUUCUUGCAUAUUUAAUGAAGGUGGUAGUGAUUCUGAUGAGAUGCCCCUUUUUUUCGAAUCCGCAUUUGGUCAAGAAUUUGAGAAGAUAAAAUUAGAUUUCCAAAAAUAUUGUGAUGCCAUGAAAAAGUUGUCUCUAACCAUAAUGGAAAUAUUGGGGGUGAGCUUGGGGGUUGAUAGACAAUAUUAUAAAGAUUUUUUUGAAGAUGGUAGCUCUAUUUUGAGAUGCAACUUCUACCCUCCAUGCCAAGAGCCAGUCUGCGAUCCCACUGCUCUCACCAUUCUUUACCAAGAUCAAGUCGGAGGUCUUGAGGUCUUAGCCGAUGGCCUAUGGAAGUCGGUGAGGCCAAUACCCGGUGCCCUAGUUGUCAACCUCGGCGACACUUUCUCCGCAUUAUCAAAUGGAGUGUACAAGAGCUGCCCACAUAGAGUUGUGGUGAACAAAUCAUUGGGGAGAAUUUCAAUGGUGUAUUUCUUGUGCCCUUCAGAAGAAAAAGUGAUCAAACCUCCCAAAAAGCUAGUGAGCUCAGAGAGGCUGAGGCAAUAUCCAGAUUUCAAGUGGUUGGAUUUCCUCAAUUUCACACAAAAACAUUAUAGGGUUGAUGUUGCAACACUCCAAAAUUUCACUAAAUGGCUCAAUUCCCACCAGCCAACCUAAACCCUAGGUGGCUAGGGUUUCUUAGACUUUUGUCACCCCACCACCACAAUUUAUGCAAUAUUUAUACAUGCCACUUGUGUGUGUGUGUGUGUGUGUGUAUAAAUGUGUGUGUAUAAAUGUGUGUGUGUGUGUAUUUAUUUUGGUGAGUCUAGCUUGCUAGCUAGCUAGCCCCAUUGUUUGUUAUUGGGGUUAAAGGUAUUGAUUGGAGGGGGGUGGCAUAUUACUAUGUAAUGUUAUAUC